CCUCAACUUCAUCUCUCAUUGUCUCCCUUCCACGAUGGGGGAAUUUAUGCUCUCGUAGCGACCCCGCCGAGGAGACCGACUAUAAGGGAGAACCCGAGCCUGAUAAUGGCACCGAUAAUCCUACCAGUUCCGCCGAUGCAAAUGGUUCAACCCAUGCUCCAACUAAGACACUCUCUAAUGGUUCCAACAACCCUUCUUCCAAGCCCAACCCCAUCGGUACGGUCCUUGGUCGGCCUAUGGAGGAUAUUAAACAAACAUACAACAUUGGCAAGGAAUUGGGUAGAGGUCAGUUUGGGGUAACGUAUUUGUGUACUCACAAGGCUUCUGGGGAACAAUUCGCCUGCAAGACAAUUGCCAAGAGGAAGCUUUCUAACAAGGAGGACAUUGAAGAUGUUAGAAGGGAGGUUCAGAUCAUGCACCAUUUGACGGGUCAGUCUAACAUUGUGGAGCUCAAAGGAGCUUAUGAGGAUAAGCAUUCGGUUUAUUUGGUGAUGGAACUAUGUGCCGGAGGAGAGCUGUUUGAUAGGAUCAUCGCUAAGGGCCAUUACACCGAGCGUGCUGCCGCUUCGUUGCUUCGGACCGUUGUUCAGAUUGUGCACACUUGCCAUUCUAUGGGGGUCAUCCAUAGGGAUCUCAAGCCUGAGAAUUUCUUGCUCUUGAAUAAGGAAGAGGAUUCACCCCUCAAGGCCACGGACUUUGGUCUAUCAGUCUUUUACAAACCUGGUGAAGAAUUCAAAGAAAUUGUUGGUAGUGCAUAUUAUAUAGCACCUGAAGUCCUGAAGAGGAAAUAUGGACCAGAAGCAGAUAUAUGGAGUAUUGGAGUCAUGUUGUAUAUUUUUCUAUCUGGUGUUCCUCCCUUUUGGUCUGAAUCCGAAAAUGGGAUAUUCAAUUCGAUAUUACGCGGCCACAUUGAUUUCUCGAGCGAUCCAUGGCCUGCAAUUUCACCUCAAGCAAAGGAACUGGUGAAGAAGAUGCUCAACUCGGAUCCCAAGCAGAGGUUAACAGCAGUGCAGGUUCUAAGCCAUCCAUGGAUCAAAGAGGAUGGCGAAGCACCUGAUACACCCCUCGACAACGCAGUGUUAAGUAGACUCAAACAGUUUAAAGCAAUGAACAACUUCAAAAAAGUUGCUUUGCGGGUCAUUGCGGGAUGCUUAUCAGAGGAAGAAAUCAUGGGGUUGAAGGAGAUGUUCAAAGGCAUGGAUUCCGACAACAGCGGGACCAUAACACUCGAGGAAUUGAAGCAAGGCCUUUCUAAGCAAGGAACAAAACUCACUGAAUACGAAGUUCAACAACUAAUGGAGGCCGCUGAUGCAGACGGGAAUGGAACUAUAGACUACCACGAGUUCAUCACGGCAACGGUGCAUAUGAAUCGAAUGGACCGAGAGGACCAUCUAUACCAUGCCUUCCAACACUUCGAUAAAGACAAUAGCGGGUACAUAACGACUGAAGAAUUAGAGCAAGCUCUACGUGAACAUGGAAUGCAUGACGGUAGCUUAAAGGAAAUCCUUUCUGAAGUUGACGCUGACAAUGAUGGAAGGAUCAACUAUGACGAGUUCGUAGCAAUGAUGAGAAAAGGAAAUACUGAAGCACACACCAAGAAACGACGCGAACUAUCAAUUCAUAUCGAAGAAUGAGAAAAAUUAACACAAAUUCUUGUUACUUUCUAUUCAAUGCAAGGGAAAAUUGGGAGAGGUUAUGAUGACAUUUAGGACAUGGCUAAGGUUUUUCUUUCUUUCUUAAUUUUAAAAUUUUAAG